GCCUUUCUGGGCGUAGCUUUUGGCCUGGGGGAAGGGGUCGUGGAGUUUGAGGGGAGGUGGAGGCGAUGGCGUCCGCGGCGCGGGAAGAUGGCGCCCGCGGGCAAGUCCAAAGGCGGCGGGGCUGCGAGCACUAUGACAGGGGAUGUCUCCUGAAGGCACCUUGCUGUGACAAGCUUUAUACUUGCCGAUUGUGUCAUGAUAACAAUGAAGAUCAUCAGCUAGAUCGCUUUAAAGUAAAGGAAGUGCAGUGCAUAAACUGUGAAAAAAUUCAGCAUGCACAACAGACAUGUGAGGAAUGUAGCACAUUGUUUGGAGAAUAUUAUUGCAGUGUAUGCCAUCUGUUUGACAAAGACAAGAAACAGUAUCAUUGUGAAAACUGUGGAAUUUGUAGGAUUGGUCCGAAGGAAGAUUUUUUCCACUGUUUGAAAUGUAACUUAUGCCUUGCAGUGAAUCUCCAAGGGAAGCACAAGUGUAUUGAAAAUGUUUCCCGGCAGGAUUGUCCAAUAUGUUUGGAGGACAUUCACACAUCUCGUAUCGUUGCUCACGUCUUGCCAUGUGGACAUCUUUUACAUAGAACGUGUUAUGAAGAAAUGGUGAAAGAAGGCUACAGAUGUCCAUUGUGUAUGCACUCUGCUUUUGAUAUGAGUAGGUACUGGAGACAACUGGAUGAUGAGGUAGCACAGACUCCUAUGCCCUCAGAAUAUCAGAACAUGACUGUGGAUAUUCUCUGCAAUGAUUGCAAUGGAAGAUCUACAGUUCAGUUCCAUAUAGUAGGCAUGAAGUGUAAUAUUUGUGAAUCCUACAAUACCGCUCAGGCUGGAGGAUGUAGAAUUUCAAUAGAUCAGCAAUGAACAGCCUAUAUUGCACUGGAAAAAUCAAGAUUUUCUGAUAGAAAAAGGCUAUCUUUUUGUCAUAAUGCGUCACAAUCUAUUCAUUAGAGUUGACGUGUUUUGUAUUAGUGUCACAGCAUAAAAGCGUAUUAUAAGACUUAAGGAUUCAGGGUCUCUCUAUAGAAUUAUCAUAGCUCUACAUUGAAUGAAAGGCACCAUUCUUGUGUUUUGAUUGGAAAUUUCUUUGGUGUCAGUUGUUAGGAAGUCAAUGAUGUUUGCCACUGAAACUCACAUCCAUACACUUCUUAUACUUCCUUGGUACUUCGUUUUAAGUGACACUAUGCAUACAGAAUUCAUUUCUAGUUCUUGAUAGAACUGUACUUAAUUCUCAGUAUUAUCCUUGACUGUUUAAGGGCUGUGCUGUAAUGAGGAUAUGUUCUAUCUUACUGUUAAAAUCUAGUUACAUAUACUUUAGAAUUUUUAAGACAGUCCUUUGGAUCCUGUAAAUGUGAAUUUUGAUGUAAUAACUGCUAAUAAAAAUAUAUUGAAACAGUA